UUUGCUCCGACACGAAAUCAAUGGCUUUGCAAAUGCAGCAGACCUCAACGGCCUUCACAAUCUCCGCACCAUCCACCGCCGUUGCACGCAUCAAACUCUCCCCACUCAAAACCGUGGCGGUUCGCCGGUUAACGGCGAAUCGCGGAGUUAGAUGCAGCGGUGGGGGAGUAGGAGUCGGAGGUGGAGACGUGGGGAAGAAAAAAGCAGUUCCUAAUUCGAAUUAUGUAGUUCCUAUUGACAAAUUCUCGUCGUCUUCGUCGAUUACUAGGCCCUUGAUUGAGAUACUUCGUGACCUUAACAAGAAGAUUCCUGAUAACAUUGUUAAGAGUCAUGAUCCUCCCUCUACUUCUGCUGCUUCUGGUUUUAUCCCGUGGUACCAUGCAAAUCGGAUGCUUAGCUUCUAUGCUCCUGGUUGGUGUGGUGAAGUUAGAGAUGUUAUUUUCUCUGAGAAUGGUAAUGUUACUGUUGUUUAUCGUCUCACCAUUCGUGGCUCUGAUGGUGAGGCACAUCGUGAAUCCACUGGGACAGUAACGACGACUGAUGAUCACAUUGAGGAUCCAGUUACUGCAGCUGAGGAAAUAGCAUUCUGCAGAGCAUGUGCACGAUUUGGUCUCGGCUUGUAUCUAUACCACGAAUAGUUCACCGAUCAUAUCAAGUGUGCUUACUGUUUUUCAAGACCCUCAAUUCCGUUAUCUGU